AAAGUCCGCCCCGGAUGUGGCGCGCUCGGUCCCCGGUGUUGACGGUGCUGGUUCGGUAAAGGCGUAGCUGUUAGCGGUAAACAUCCCGGAGGAGCCGACCACACGCUGCGCGGACGUUAGCGACACUCCGACACCGACCCGCCGAACACACACACACACACACACGCUGUCUGUCGGUGCCGCCGGUUCCGCCCGUUCCCGCCCGUGGUUGUCACGGUAACCGUCAGACCGGGCCGUUAGCCGUUAGCCGUUAGCCCGCCGUUAGCAGGAAGAUGCUCGCGCUCAUCAACAAGCUGCUGGACUGGUUCAAGGCUCUGUUCUGGAAGGAGGAGAUGGAGCUGACGCUGGUGGGCCUGCAGUACUCCGGGAAGACCACGUUCGUCAACGUCAUCGCGUCCGGACAGUUCAGUGAAGACAUGAUUCCCACCGUCGGCUUCAACAUGAGGAAGAUCACCAAAGGCAACGUCACCAUCAAGCUGUGGGACAUCGGUGGUCAGCCUCGGUUCCGGAGCAUGUGGGAGCGUUACUGUCGAGGAGUCAGCGCCAUCGUAUACAUGGUGGACGCAGCAGAUCCAGAGAAGAUCGAAGCCUCCAAGAAUGAACUCCACAACCUGCUGGACAAACCUCAGCUGCAGGGAAUCCCUGUUCUGGUUCUGGGUAAUAAGAGAGACCUACCAGGAGCUCUGGACGAGAAGGAGCUCAUCGAGAGGAUGAACCUGUCAGCCAUCCAGGACAGAGAGAUCUGCUGCUACUCCAUUUCCUGCAAGGAGAAAGACAACAUCGACAUCACUCUUCAGUGGUUGAUCCAACACUCCAGGACUAAGAGGAGUUCCUGAGAACAGACACGCCCCCUCUGACUGAACAGGCCACGCCCACCUGUCCUAACACACACAUACAUACACACACGCACACACACACACACACUCGCUCUUUGAUCAACUCCUCCUCCUCCUCCCCCUCAUGUAGUAACUCCUCCUCUCCUCCUCUGGAUGCACUGACGCCUCGUCGACACGUUCAGCCUCCGUCACACUGAAGUUUGAAUAAUUACCAGACAGGUGUGUGUGUGUGUGUGUGUGUGUGUGUGUGUGUGUGUGUGUGACACGUUAAAGAACAACAUCAGAGAAGUUUGUUUCCAAUCAGAGUAACUGUAACUGUAACUGUCAUUACACCAGCACAGAAACACACUGACACAUCACACGUAUGUAACUGAAGCUAUGCUGACUGAAAUCUCUUCAAGGUUCAUUCAAGGCGCAUUCAAGGCUCAUUAAAGUCACAUUCAAGGCUCAUUCAAGGCUCGUUUGACCCAAAUAUAGAGCAGGAACAUUUAAAACUCCUCCGUGGUGUUCGGGUGGAGCCAAAGUGAGGAGGUGUCACGUCAGAGUUUGACAUGUCGACAGAAACGCGACGUCAGUGCAUCGUCAAAGAUCCUCCAUCAGCCUCCGCGACACGUUCAGCAUCGUUAGCUGGAGACUGUUGGAUUGAACCCCACCUUCAUCCUCUCCUUCCUCCUCCUCCUCCUCCUCCUCCUCCUCCUCCUCCUCCUCCAUCCAUUCAUCUGUCAUCCUCCUCGUCUCUUGUGAACUGCUUGUAUUCCCUCUCUUCUUCUCUUCUUCCCUCCUUCUCUUCUUCCUUCCUUCCUUCCUUUUCUUAUUUUUGGAUGUGACCUUCUCUCCUCGCCGCCAAGCCCCGCCCUCCUCUCUCUCCUCCUGAGCGAGGGCGUCAAACCUUUUUAUUGCACUGUUGAUUUUGUUUUUGUAAGAUAUGAAUAAUAAUAAUGUUAAUAAUCUUCUUAUCGUGACACGACGCGGUACGUCUGGUUCUGUUCAUAUCUCUGUACGAAGCUUUUUAUUUCUUUUAUAUUAUUUUUUUAUUUUUCUUAUUCAUGUUUGUUUGUUGAACUGUCAGUGUUUCCUGCUCUGAGCUGGCUGCUGAUUGGACCAGGGCUGUCACGUGAUCGAACGUCUCCCACACACACACAUCACGUCUGAAACUCUAAAAAUAUUAAAUGUUUUAUUUAAAAGAUUUCUUCUGUUUAUUUUCCUCUCAUUAAUUAUUCAUGUGAUGACCUCAGUCCGCUCUGACAUCACGUCCUGUUUGAGGUGAUGAAAUGAAAAACAUUCAAAUCAGAUUUUAAAUGUUUUAAAGGAUUUUAGUGCCACCAGCUGCAGCAGCUCCGUCCUGUGGAGUCCGUGUUCAGUUUAACAUGAACACCGUCACUGAAACACUUCAUGUAUGUUUGUAUUUAUAUUUAUGACCCGCCUUCGAGUGACGUCGUGGCGCUGCUCUAACAGCCAAAUUUAACGGGCACGGAUGUGACGCGUGGCCAAGCCGACCGCGCUCGUUCUAGUCGAUGUUUUAAGAAACAUUUAGUUCACCGUUCAUGGACGCAGCGGACAGAACCGUGUCAAAUCAUCGCGCUCACGUCUUCACUUGUUUUUGCCUUUUUGUUUCUCUGUCCUCUCAUUGGUGCACAUCACGUUUCUGACACGCCCUGGUCCUGACAGCAGCCAAUCAGACUGCAGAACGAAACGGGAAAUGGGAAGGAGCAUCACGCGUCUGCGUGUUGUUGACGAGCGGUCGAUCUCACGCUGCCUCACACUGUCGGGUCGAACAGGUUCAAGAGUCUCAGGAAACAACGCGAGCUCUUUGUUCAGACUUUAAACUGGAGACUUGUCGGACAUCUGGAGGUCUUCUGACGUCCUCAGCAGGUCCGCGUCUUUGACCUGAACCCGAUCCGUUUAUCAAAGUAACACCUGCUUCAUGUGCUCCAACAUCUUUGGAGAUGUGAGGAUCUUUAGUCGGGUACAGGUGAAGGUGCCGACCCGGUUCUAGACGGAGCUCAAACUCAAACAUCUUAAAUUCCAGUGAGUGAACUCUGAGCCGUCUUUAGCCCGACAGUGUGAAAGCUGCUUGUUUAUUAAAAAACACCUGGAGCGUGUCAUGACCUGGAGGUCGAGAACGUUCCACCAGACAACAACAAGCACAACUCAAACAGUCGGCGUGCUGAGUCGCAUCGUUUCGUUCUCUCCAGCUGCUCCGCCGUGUUUUCUGAACCAGCCAAGAGUUGUCGUCGCCGUCAUCAUCGUCGUCGUUGUCUCCGCUCCGGUCCACUCGAAGUUUAUGGAUCUGUUGAUCAGCCAGCACAGUGAUUAUUAGUUAUUGACGCCGGCAGACAGAGCCGAGCGCUGAGGGGAUUUCAAAGUGUCGCUGUGUUUCUGAUAUUUAUUUGGACAGGAAGUCACCCUGUGAUUUCUCUGCAUGUUACUCAAACACAGGAGGACCGCUCACACCUGAACAGGUGAAAUGUGUGUGAACCUUGAAGUCUCGCCUGCAGCUCGGCUCUGCUCGGCUCUGGUCUCUUUUGUUUGCAUGCUGAGGGCAGGGAUUGUAUAUCUGUGGGACCCGAUGAAGUGAAAUGUUGUUUUGGUGCAACUUCACUGUGACCCGGCCUCAGUCCAGCGUGUCAGUAUUACCCUACAGGAAGUAACGUGAGCACGCGACGGGACAUGUUCUAAAAACGGUGCAAUAAAACUGAAGUAUCGCCGUCGCCGUCGCGUGCUCGCGGACAGCCUGACAGAUCACGCUGGAGUUUGGUCUUCGUGAAGUUUGACCAGAUUUUUUAUGGCGACUAAUCUCGUGACGCCCUGUGAUCCUGCACGUACAGGAUGUGAUGUAACACGUGUCAUGAUGAUCUUGUACGGUCACGUAGGCGCCAGAAAACGGGAGAUUUCUACAGAGUCAGAACCAGAACGACCAGCGACGAUCCGGUCUGAAGAACAGUCACUGUUUCUUAGUCCUGUCUGAGUAUAUCGAGUCCGGCACAAUGAAUCUGAGCGUUUCAUUGGACGAGACUUUAACGAAUCAGAAUGGUCGAGCUCCAAAGUAAACUUUGAAACACUACGAGUCAGUUCCAGAGCGUGUCACCGGUCAUCACAGUUCUGGUUCUGGUCCUGGUUCUGGUCCUGGUUUUUGGCGUCUGUACGUGCAGGAUAAACACUUCACGUCUGUCGGUCUGAACCUGUUUGUACAUUAUUGUUUGAUUCCGUUGAUAUCUGAUGUUUUAAUAGAAACAUGCUUGUGUAUGAUACUAAUUAAUUAAAUACUACGGAGAAACGUCA